AUGGGUAGCUCAGACGCAUACCUAGCAGCCACCGCAGCUGUUGCUGCCGGUGCUGCCAUAGGAGCGGCCAUCGCGCUUGUGGGCGCCGCUUGUGUGGGUCGUGACGGCGGCCGCGUGCACGCCAGCGGCAUCAGCAGCUCCGACGCCAGCUACCCCAGCAAACCUACGCAAGAGCGGCAGCCGUCCACGCCCGAGCCGUGCCAGCACGAGGUCAGCAGCGACGAGGACGCCACGCAGCGGCAAGCCGCAGAGCACCUGCGGCGUCGCCCGCAUCAGCAGCAGCAGCAGCAUCACCAGCCGCCCCGCGCGCCGGCACGCAGCCAGCGGCGGCGGCACCCUGCCAGCGGCGACGCGUGCUGCGGCGACCAGGACCGCGGCUGCAGCGGCGGGGGCGGCGGCAGCAAUCGGGGCGAGUUUGCGACGUCGAUCGACCUGGUUUCCCCAGUGGACGCCAAAAAGCGGUCUGACCCCUACGACUGUAGGCCGCGCAGCGG